AUGCAGGGGACUUAUACAGCUAGAGAGGCGAGGAUGCAGCAGUACCUGGAAAAGGCACGAGAUUUGGUUAGGCAAUUUCAAACUUGGAAAGUCAUGCAGAUACCAAGGGAAGAAAAUGCCGAGGCAGACGCUCUUGCUAAUCUUGCGUCUGCUGCAGAAAAAAGACUGGAAGAAUCUAAAGGCAAUUGGCCAGAGAUACUACCUGGAGUCUUAUGGGCAUAUCGAAUAAUAGCAAAAACAAGUACGGGAGAAACACCGUUUUCACUUGAAUACGAAGCUGAAGCCUUAAUUCCAGUCGAAAUAGGGGAGCCAAGCACGAGAUAUACUCAAGCUACUGAAGAGUCGAAUGAAGAAGAGAUGCGGGUAAAUUUGGAUUUACUUGAAGAAAGAAGGGAAACUGCUAUGAUAAGGAUGACAGCACAAAAACAAGUUAUUAAGUGGUAUUACAAUCGGAAGGCUCAUCUCAGAUACUUCAAUAUUGGGGACUACGUACUUAAGAAAGUUUUCCAAUCCAUGAGGGCAGUUAAUGCAGGAAAAUUAAGUCCAAAUUGGGCAGGACCUUACAAGAUUCAUGGAAUCGCAGGAAAGGGUGCAUAUGAGCUUGAAACCUUGGACGGCUUACCCUCUAAUUCGAAUGUUGUUCAUCUGAAGAAGUACUAUUUCUAA